GUCCUGAAGAUUAGCUAUCUGAAGUACCCAAGAAACGGUUUUAAGAUCCCUGGUACCGUUGAAGCGUCACUAUUCUGCUUCAGAACUAGAACACGAGCAGAAUGAAGUCCCUCCUCAUCUUUGGAGUUUUAAUAUCUGCAGUGUAUGCAAACACCGUAGAACUUUUCAAUGCUGAACAAAUUAUAAACGCAGUUAAUUCUGCAAACACAACAUGGCAGGCUGGGCAUAAUUUUGCUAAGGAUGUACCUUUAAGGUACAUCAGAAGUCUUCUUGGUGUCAAGCCAUCAAACAAGUCUAGGCUACCAGUGAAAUCAAACAAGCACAUAAGCAGCAGUUUAGUUCCUGAAGAAUUUGAUUCUCGUAAACAUUGGCCAAAUUGUCCAACAGUAAGCCAUAUUGUGGACCAAGGAGUCUGUGGAUCUUGCUGGGCUGUAGCAGCUGCAAGCGCUUUCUCAGACAGGUUAUGCAUAGCGACAAGCGGUAAAUUUAAGCUACCACUUUCUGCCGAAGAGCUUUUAUCUUGCUGUGAUGAAUGUGGUGCUGGGUGUGAUGGAGGAUAUCCUCCUGUCGCAUGGGAAUUUUUUAGAGAUAAUGGUGUAGUGACUGGAGGCGAUUACAACACAACAGUUGGUUGUCAACCAUACCAAGUUGAAGAAUGUGAACACCACACAACUGGAAAGAGGCCUGAAUGCUCCACUCUUCCAGCAGCCCCAACCCCUGAAUGUGAAUACUCAUGUUUAAACCCUGAAUACACAGUUGAUUUCAAACGUGACCAUCAUAAAGUGAAAUCUGUGUACAGUUUAGGUGAUGUAGAGGAAAUUCAGAAGGAAUUGAUGACAAAUGGGCCUGUAGAAGCCUCAUUCACAGUUUACUCUGAUUUUCCAACUUACAAAAGCGGUGUCUACCAACACGUUCAUGGAUCAAUGCUCGGAGGCCAUGCUGUAAGGCUUAUAGGCUGGGGAACAGAAAAUGGAACGCCGUACUGGCUUGUCGCCAACUCGUGGAACACUGACUGGGGUGACAAAGGUCUCUUCAAAAUACUAAGAGGGCAAAAUGAAUGUGACUUUGAAAGUGAUAUCUGCUUUGGUGAACCAGCUGUAUAAAGAAAACAUUUUUUGAUUACAGUCCAGCAAUAUAUGUUCUUUUAAUCAAAAA